GUUUAGUUACGACCCUUGCAGCAUCCGAAGCGCGUUGAACAGGUAAAAACGCUCGGAAGACUCCGAAGAACGGUCAACGCGCGUCCGCCAGCCGAGAACUAGAGUGGAAGAAGAAUCUCUUUUCCUCCUCCUCCGUGUCUUCCUUUAUUUUUAUUUUUAGUUCGGUUCAUCGAAAUCGGAUUAAGAGCAUUUCGAUGCGACCGAUGUCCACGUUUUGUCCUCGCCGGUGCCAGUAGACGUUCGAUCUGUCCUCCCCGACGCACUCGUCCUCCACGGGUAAAUAAAUAGUGGAAGAUAACGGGACACAACGUAUAGCGAAACGCAUGCCCAGACGCGGUCCGAGCCCUGCCGUUGUUUGACUUGCGGCGUCGUCAAAGAAUUUUUGACGUGCCAGUGCCAGUGUUUUGUUACUCCAUAAUGACAUAAAAGAACAAGAGCGGAUGCUUUCCAAUUUGUACGCUCUCCGCCAACGGAGGAAGAUGUAGGUUUGGGGAGACAAUGUUGCAUGCACCGCUCACCAAAAUAUACGGCCGCCGCUACAAGCUGCACGAGUCUCUGUGAAUCCCGUCACACUCAGAACCCCAGGUUAUUUUUCGUUUCUUUUGUUGCUGGACUCUUGUCGCGUGUUUCUUUGUCGAGGACACAGCUUUCCUGAGAGAUGUACGCGAAGGGAAAAGGAACGGCAGUCCCGUCCGACGCACAGGCCAGGGAGAAGUUGGCUCUUUACGUGUACGAGUAUCUGCUGCACGUCGGUGCACAGAAAUCAGCGCAAACUUUUCUCUCCGAGAUCCGAUGGGAAAAGAAUAUAACGCUGGGAGAGCCUCCCGGGUUCCUGCAUUCCUGGUGGUGCGUAUUUUGGGACCUGUAUUGCGCGGCCCCCGAGAGGCGGGACACUUGCGAGCAUUCGUCGGAGGCAAAAGCGUUUCACGAUUAUGGCUUCGUUAAUUCUGGCUACGGAGUCAAUGGCAUUGCACACAACGCUGGACCGGCGCCGAGCCCCUUGGGACAAAUGCCCCCGAAUGAUGGUAUGCCAGGCGGCCCCAUGCCCCCAGGAUUUUUUCCCAAUUCAACAAUGAGACCAUCACCUCCCACACAUCCAUCAAGUCAACCUUCCCCACAUUCGCAACCACCACCCUCACAUACGCAGAUGAUGUCGACGCAACCUUUUAUGGGUCCAAGAUAUCCUGCAGGUCCUCGACCCGGUGUGCGAAUGCCACAAAUUGGCAGUGAUUUUAAUGGCCCACCUGGACAACCUAUGAUGCCUAAUAACAUGGAUCCAACGAGACAAGGACCGCCGGGGAUGAACCCAAUGAACCCGAUGAAUCCAAGAAUGAAUCCACCCAGAGGUCCAGCGAUGGGACCACUCGGGCCAGGCUCCUAUGGACCUGGACUGCGAGGACCACCGCCAAACAAUAGCCUAGGACCCGGAGGCCCGAUGCCGCCUAUGUCUAUGACAGGGCCCGGAGGACGACCGCAAUGGCAACCGAACACAUCAACGCCAAUGAAUUAUUCAUCAUCAUCACCUGGUAACUAUGGUGCUCCUCCAGGAUCGGCGGGACCACCGGGACCUGGCACCCCAAUAAUGCCGAGCCCACAAGAUUCGUCAAAUUCAGGUGGAGAGAAUAUGUACACAAUGAUGAAACCUGCGGUCGGCGGCAACAUGCCCGGCGAGUUCCCAAUGGGUGGGGGCCCAGAAGGUGGUCCGAUGGGCCCAAACUCCAUGGGACCGGUGCUUAACGGUGAUGGCAUGGAUGGCAUGAAGAAUUCGCCGGCAAAUGGCGGUCCAGGGACACCAAGGGAGGACAGUGGCAGCGGAAUGGGGGACUACAACUUAACCGGCUUCGGGGGACCUGGUGAAAACGACCAAACGGAAUCGGCUGCUAUUUUGAAAAUAAAAGAGAGCAUGCAAGAGGAGGCCAAGAGGUUUGAGAAAGACUCGGACCAUCCUGAGUAUUUCAUGCAAUAACUCCCUCGCUGGCCUCUCUGGCUGGUGGACGCCUCUCUUCCUUCCUAACUCUACUAACCCCGGGCGGUGGUCUGCUCAUCUCCUUCCUGCCCCGUCGUCGCGUGCUCGUCCUGUCUACUAUUUGGCACAGGGUAGUCAUGCCUGUUUUCUGUUUUACAGAUAUUCAUAUGAAUCGCAAAUUUGAAGACAAACCUAACCAAUCAAAUCAAAAAGAUGAACACCCAUAUUAUGACCAUGAAUCCGGGAGGAAAUUUUAAAGAAACUGACUGUGUGUGUGUCUGUGUGAGUGUGAGAUAGGACUCUCUCAUUGUGUCAUUACUCUCUUACUUUUCUUAUGAUGAACAGUGACAGUGUGCAUAGUAAGUGGAGAAGUGAAGGAAAAGUGUUAAUGCUGCUGCUAAGUUUUUUUUGUUAGUUCCUGAUUGCUCUAAUCCAUAACAAUAUCCAUACAACAAAAAGGAGAAAAACAAGAAGAAAUUAAAAUGAAAUUUGUGCACCCUGAUCCAGUCUCCAUAUCAUAAAAUAGAAAAUAGCAUAUAAUCCCCGUCCACCAGCCUAGGCUAGGUAGAAUGUAAUUACUCAACACCUACAUUCCACCAAGGGACAGCUGACAGAUUUGACGUUAUGACUACUAUUCAUAAUCACAAUAGUUUCAACCAGUUAUCAACUGUAGUCGCAAAGAAAAGAGCGAAUCUGUGAUCUGUCUCAGCCUGGCGUGGUUCUAUUACCUUCUAAAUGUUGUACAUGCAAUAGAAGAUUCAAAGAAGAAGAAAAAAAAA